AUGAGCAAGGUCCCGGAGAAGCAGGUCACGACGCCUGCGCUGUCUCGCAUGAGCUCGUCCGCCGCCGUGCCAACGCGCCGGAGCGGCAAGAAGGUCAUCAUCAUCGGCGCUGGUGCCGGUGGUACAGCGCUGGCUGCGCGUCUCGGUCGACGCGGACACGAUGUGACGGUGCUCGAGAAGAACGAUUUCGGCGGCGGCCGCUGCUCGCUCAUCCACCACGAUGGACAUCGCUGGGACCAGGGCCCGUCGCUCUACCUCAUGCCUGAGAUCUUUGAGGCGUGCUUCAAAGAUCUGGGCGAGGACAUCCGCUCGCACAUUCGGCUGCACCAGUGCAACCCUGCCUACCGCAUCCACUUUGCCGAUGGCGAAAAGAUGAUGCUCUCGUCCAACCUCAGCCAGAUGGGCGAGACGCUCAACUUUUUCGAGAAGCGCGCCGGAAACAAGGAGGAUCCGCUCACCAACUUCCUCGCCUUCCUCAAAGAGGCGGGCGAGAACUACGAGGAGUCCAUCACGCACGUCCUCACCAAAGACUGGUCCGCCUGGUGGGCAUUCUUCCGCCCGGAGCUCUUCCCCAUGCUGUGGAAGACCAAGGGCCUGCGCAUCUACGCCACACUCUACGACCGCACCACAAAGUACUUCAAGUCUCGCCACGUGCGCCGUGCUCUCACGUUCUCGGCCAUGUACAUGGGCAUGAGCCCUUUUGACGCGCCGGCCACCUACUCGCUCCUCCAAUACGCCGAGUACGCCAAAGGCAUCUGGUACCCGAUCGGCGGCUUCUACAAGGUGGUCGAGGCCAUGGAGAACAUCGCUCGCGACAAGUUUGGCGUCGACUUCCGCUACAGCACCAACGUCAAGCGCAUCGUGGUAGACGAGCGCAAGGGGACGGCCAAGGGCGUGGAGCUCGAGUCGGGCGAGGUGCUCGAGGCAGACGUGGUGGUCAGCAACGCCGAUUUGGUAUGGACGUACAACGAGCUGCUGCCGCCAUCCUCGUACGCCAAGAAGCUGCGGUCCAAGGACCAGACGUGCUCUUCGAUCUCGUUCUACUGGUCGCUCAACUCGGUGGUCGAAGAGCUCGGCGGUCACAACAUCUUCCUCGCCGAUGCAUACCAGGAGUCGUUUGACGAGAUCUUCCGCGACGGCGACACGCCGACCGAGCCGUCGUUCUACGUGAACGUGCCUUCGAGGCUGGAUCCGUCGGCGGCGCCGCCAGGCAAGGACACGCUGGUGAUCCUCGUGCCGUGCGGACCCAUCUCGAUCCCGGAGAAGCCGUGCACGGAUCCGAGCAAGGGUGCGCGCAGCCGCGAACAGUUCCAAAAGACCAAGGAUCGCGCGCGACGCCAGGUGAUCGAGACGCUCAAGAAGCGGCUCAACCGCCCGGACUUUGAGCAGCUCAUCGACCACGAGAUUGUCAACGACCCGUUCGAUUGGCGCGACAAGUUCAACCUCUUCCGCGGCUCGAUCCUCGGCUUGAGCCAUACCAUCCCGCAGGUGCUGUGGUUCCGCCCCUCGAUCCAGCAUGCGUCGUUCAACAACCUCUUCUUCGUGGGUGCCUCGACGCAGCCGGGCACGGGCGUGCCCGUCGUGGUGGCGGGCAGUGGCGUCGUGGCGGAGCGGAUCAAUGCAUUCUUGGAAGGGCGCGAGACAGGCUGGCUCAGCUGGGAGGCGAUCCGAGGCAGCAUCUUUUUGGCCAUCAUCGCCAUGUUUGGCGUCAUGUUUGCCGGCUUUGCGGCGGGCUUCAUCCUGCUUGGCCUGGUGAUCGCCGUAUCGGUGCACCUGCUGGGCAUUGCCGACGUACCUGGCCUGGUGCGCAGCAGAGUGAUCCCCGAGUGA